CCUCCGCGCUUGUGCCGAUUCCGGGCGCACCCCCACUCUGCAAACGAUUUUGAAAGGAACUCUUUCUUUUCGUCGACGAACGAACGACGCCUGGCCAAUUCUCGCAGACUAUCCGUCAAUUUAGUUUUUUCUUUUUCGGAUUAUUUAUUUCGCUUUGAUUUUUAUUCUUUUUUUUUCUUUCAUGCAUUCUCUUUAGGAAUGACUUUGAAACUUAGUUGUGAUUCCUUUGCUUCGGAGAAUAAGGAUGUGUCACAGAUGAACUCCAAUCGUUUAAUGUUUUCUUGUCCACGAAGAGUUUGACAAAUGACUGUAGUAAUGGAGAACGUGCGUGCGCGAAGAAGUGCAAAUUUCGUAAACUUUGAUUUUGUGAGCGAUGGAAUAAUUUUCUACUUCGAAUAAAUGAACUGAAUUCGUUUUUAAAUAGGGAAAUAUUGCAACUUGUGACAUUAUUAAAUAUUUCAUACUUUCGUAGAAGAUCGCUGGGAUGGCUAUUAUUUUGAAUUUGGAUUAAAACGAAGAAAGCAUCUUCCCUGCUGUUGUGGAUCAAACAAGAAUUAAUAAGUAGCUGUAAUAGAUUGUUUGUAAUUAGAAUGUUUUAAUAUUUCAGCUACUUUAAUUUUUUUCUUCGUCAUCAUUUGCAUGUUUACUGUAAUACAGGAUUUUUGAAAGAUUCUAAGAUUUCUAUAAUCAUUAUUAAUCAUCGCAUCAAUAAACAAUAAAAGGAACAUUAAUUCUAACUUUUUUUAAAAUUGUCUUCAUAUUCUAAUAGUACUAAGAAUAAUAUUUCUCCUCCUCUUUCAGCGAUGUUAUUGAAAAGUUUUAGACUAAAUAUCUUCCAUGCUGUCUCAUACGAAUAUGAAUUAAUUAACUUAUUUAAUGUGAAAUAAUAAUCAAAAUUUCAAAUUCAGAUUUCAAAAUAUUAAAACUUCUGAAACUUUUUUAAAAUGUUCCAUGAACUUUUGCCAAAGCUCGAAGAAUAGAGAGUUCUUAAAUAGAAAAACUUUCGCUGCUGUUGUGAUAUUCUACAAUCUCUGUAUAUGGAUUAAUGACAUCAUAUGAUCUGCCAUUUUUUUUCUAAACUCUAACUGUCUAUUCUCUAUUUAUUAACGGACAGUUUUUUUGUUGAAAUGUGAAAGCGCUAAACAAGAAGCAUUUUCUAAAUAAAAUAAUGAGAAAUUAAUUAAACGCAUUGAAAUGCAAUGAAUUUUUGAAACAUUGAUAAAUGUUACAGUCGUACUGCUUCCUAUGGUAUGUCAGAAAACCGAUGAAAUGCAUUCAAUAUCUAAGAAAAAUAUCAAGUGUUAAUUUCGAUAAAUAGACAUCAACAGUACAGUGGCUGCAAUGUAGAACCAACAGGUAAAUGAAAAUAAAAGGCAUGUCAUAAAAUGAGAAGUUUCCCAACAAGUUAUUUCAAUGACUGUUCUCAGUGAUGGAAGCGGAUACACCAAAUACUGGAAAAGAAUGAGACUGGCUAGUAGAAUUGCGAUUAUACUCUUCUCAAUCUCUGUCGUAUCCGUUAUAUUGAUUGGACGAUGCGGACUCAGACUAGACGAAGAACUACGAGUAGAGAGUUCCGCAUCGGGACCUAUGUCUCCAGACACUGGCAUCGCGAUGUAUCAGAUGAGUAACAGCGAAGAUGAGAGUGAUGCCGCCAGGAGGAAAGAUGAUGAACAAAAAAUAGAAAUCCAGAGAUUGCAAAACGAAAUUACUGAACUCAAAAAGAAGUUGGAGACAUUUGAGAAACUCAGCGAGGAUAUUCAGCCCAUUCCAGUGAAAAGCGUUGCCUCUCAUAAUCUUCUUGGAGUCGAAGAAUGCAGUGAAUACAUUGAAAAGCAAAUAUCAUCCGCUGAGUUAAAGCAUGGCGUUCAACUGAACAAUGAAUAUGAAGUCAUACCUUUCUCUCAUUUUACUUUUAGCCGAGUUUACCCAGUUGAUCUGAGUCUUGGUAAGAGGGUUGUUGAGAAACCCAUUGGGUAUAGAAGAAAGGACCUUCUAGAAGUUUUUGUGAGAGCAUUAGAAAUUAUGAAUAAAGACAGACAAGGCAAGUUUCGAUAUGCUGUGGAUGACUUUGUGGAAGGUGUCUUCAGAAAUGAUCCAACCACCGGAACUCAAUAUUCUUUGUAUUUCAGAGAGAGAAACGCAUCCAGGACAUACAAAACGUUAACACUUAUAAGGCCUUUCGCUCCCAUUCAGCUGGUAAAUGAUAAAUCAGAAAGGACAGCAAAACGUCUUAUCAACAUCAUAUUGCCUCUUUCAGGAAGAAUAGACAAAUUCCGGAACUUCAUGGAUAAAUUUGUGAAAGUUGGCAUAAAACACGAUAAGCGUGUGUUUUUAACUGUGGUAUACUUCGGUUCGGAAGGUCUACUAGACGUACAACAAAUACUGACCAAAAUUUCAAAGGACACAAAAUUUCGGAAUUUUAAACUUUUGACUCUGAAUGAUACGUUUUCCAGAGGUAAAGGCCUCCAAGUUGGUGUCCAACACUGGACUAAAGGAGACGUUUUGCUUUUUAUGUGUGAUGUGGAUGUCAUAUUUUCCACCAAAUUCCUGGAACGAUGUCGUUUGAAUACAGAACCAGGCAAAAAAGUGUACUAUCCUAUAGUCUUCAGUCUCUUCAAUCCUUCCAUUGUUUAUUCUUUACAAGGAAAAGAAAUUCCAAGUGAGGCAGAGCAGCUGCUGAUUUCACGUGAUACUGGUUUUUGGAGGGAUUUCGGAUAUGGAAUGACUUGUCAGUACAGAAGUGACUUUUUAAAGGUAAAGGGGUUUGAUGAGGAAAUAGUAGGCUGGGGUGGAGAGGACGUCAUGUUGUACAGGAAGUAUGUUCGCAGUAAGCUGAUGGUUAUACGAUCAACGGAUCCAGGUAUCUUCCACCUAUGGCACGAAAAGAAAUGCGAUCCUGAAAUCUUAUCUGUGGACCAACAAAGAGCUUGUUUGAGAUCUAGAGCUUUAAGUGAAGCUUCUCAUGCUCAACUGGGUUUAUUAGCAUUCCGCGAAGAGCUGAAGAAAAGUGAAGAAAAAACUGUCCCACCAGCACCAGAAGUAAAUAACAGUGAAACUGGACAUAUCAGUGAAAAUCCCGUGUGAUUCAAUCAUUUACUGGCUAUUAUCUUUAAACCAGAGCUUGUGUUAAUAAAGCCUUUUUUUAACUCCAUAUAAAAUGUUUAUUAGCUUUCA